UGUGUGUUUAGUGUACUGUGGGUGUGGGUGUUGAGUGUAUCUCACCUGACAGACACAAUGAAAGAAGGAGCACUACUAAUGCUGAUAUUAACUGUUCACGGUAUCAGGUUUUCUAGUUCAGACACAUCUGAUGUGGAGAGAGCAGUUGAUAUUGUGCUGCCCUGUAUCUAUGUGUUAAUGGGUGAUGGGGAAGAAGAAGGUAAAGCCGGAGGUCUUGCCCUCUCAAAAGAACGAGUAACACUCGUUCUGCGGAGCCUAACAGUGAUAGGAAAAGAGGAAGAGCUGGAAACCAUCACAACCUAUCAACUCACAGAAGACACAACAACUCGAGUUAUCCAAGUUUCAGUGAACCUGGAUCCACUUACAUUUGCAAGCAAAUUGCUUCAUGCAGACUGUGAGGGGGAAGAGGUUGUGUGUGAGAUUUCCCCUCUCUCUUCCGCCCAUCUUAACCACCAGUUUUAUAUUACACAUAUCCACUUAAAGGAGCUUAGCAUCUCCAUGGUAACACAGCCAGAGAAGUCCAGUAAGGAUUCAGAAGACUCAAGAGGACCAAAUUCAGUUCUACAUGAAAUGACUGCAGAAACACUAACAGAACCACCACAGGUAACAAUGGUUCUGAGCAAAGGUCUGGACCUCACACUGAUUUGCCGUACAGACAGAUAUUACCCAUUGGAUGUAGAGGUCAGCUGGCUUCUAGGGCAGACUCCUGUCACUCACACUCACCCUGUGACUUCAAGCCAUCGUAGGAACAGUGAUGGAACCUACAACUUGAGCACUCAUCUGAAAGUCACAACACCCACGAGCGGUGCUCCCCCUGACAUAUACACAUGUACAGUGUCACACAUAUCUGUACCUGAUCCAAUAACAGCCACAACUGUCAUCCAUCCUGCAGGUAAAGCAAUUCAAACACAGAAGUGCAUAGUGAUACAUUAUUUCAUUUUUUUAAUUAAAUAUGCAUAGGCACUAUGUGUGCUAGUUACUGUAGGUAUUGACCCUUACAA